UGUUAUCGUUAUUCUUUCCUUAACCAUGGUUAGAAUCUACUUUUUACUUUCCCCUUUCUAAAUCUUACUGUGCCCCGUCUUCUGGGUUGGUUUUUUCGUAGCUCUUCAUGUGUCUGCUUAGCUGAAGUUGGUGAAUGGCGGAAUCCGGCGAGUGAUUGGUAUUUUUGUUCUUGUAAUCCGCGGUAAAUUAGGUAUGUCAGUUACUCUUUUUCAUUUUUUUAUGCUACCAUUACUUCCGUGCUUCUCGCUAUCAUCUUAGUUGCUUGUUUUAAUUUUAAUUCGUUGGUUGUUUAGGGUUUUGUGCGUUAAUGACAGUAAUUUCUUAAUUGUUACUAUUCAGUUGGGGUUGAUAGUAGCGUACUUGUGUAUGAGUGCUUUUUUGAACUUGAUUAGCUUAUUUGAGUUGAUUUUUUUUUAUUAGAAUUUACGAUUAAAUACAUAUUUAUUCCAUUGUAAUUUGAGUGAUUCUGGUAAACUUGUUUAGAAUUGUCGUGAGUGAAGAAUUAAUCAGUGAUUUCUGUAUGUUGCUACUUGAUCUAUUCACAGAUUCUGGGGUGUCAAUAUAUUGUGGGUAUUGGCAUUUUUGAUCUGCUAGCUUGAAUAAGUUUAAGUUGUUGAAAUGAGUUGUAGCACUGAUUUAGAUGUUGAGUGCUCUCCUAAUGGAAUUUGUGUCGAGGUGGUUCCUUCUGUUUCCCCGGGAGCUGAUGGUGGGGGUUUGGUAGAAGGUAGUCGUGUAUACAGGACACCAGUUCGGACAGUAGAAACUGUGCAUACCGUUGUGUCUAGUAACAAGGAUACUGUUGUGUCUUAUGUGGAACCCCUAGUGGAAGGAAUGGCUUUUAAGACCUGGCUGGACGUUGAAGCCUAUUACAAGGAAUACGCUCAACAUACUGGUUUUGGGGUGACCAGGGUGCAGGGGUCAUACACCAGGGAAAAGGAACGUAGGGCGAUGACUUGGCGUUGUCAGUGCUGGGGUAGACUUGAUAUGAGGGCAGUGAGGGAGGCCAAGAAGAGAGCGAAAGAAAUGCAGGUUUGUGGUACUGGUGGGGUUGUUGGAGGUGUAAUUGGAGAGGAUGAGUUAAGUCGUUGUAAGCGAAAAUCAAAGAAGUGUGAGUGUGAGGCAAGGAUUUAUGCAAGUGUGAAUGGCGAAGGUGUUUGGGUGAUUAAGACUGCAGAGUUAGAACAUAAACACCUAACCAGCCCUGGUAAAGCAAAACUGGUUAAGGAGUACAGAAUGAAGAAUUACUCAUCAAAUGUUAGGAAGAAGUUAAUGAAUUAUCUUGAUGAGGGUGUUUCCGUUCGUAAAAUUCAUGGUUGUCUUGGGACUGAAAUGGAAGAGAACUUGACCAUGACUGUGAAGGAUCUGCAGCAUGAGGUUUAUAAGGAGCGGAAAUCAAAGAUGGAAGGUGGAGACUCGGCUGCUAUGAUGGCUUAUUUUGAGUAUAUGAUGGCUGAUAACCAGAAUUUUUUCCAUGUGAACAGGGUUGAUUCUAAUGGCAGGUUGAAAGAUGUUUUAUGGGUUGAUUCCCGUAGUCGGGCUGCUUAUGAAUGCUUCGGUGAUGUAGUUUGUUUUGAUGCAACCUACCUCACUAACGAGUAUGAGUUUCCCUUUAUUAAUUUUGUUGGGGCCAACCACCAUGGUCAAUCUCUUUUGCUUGGUUGUGCACUUGUUUCUCACGAGGAUUCAGAAACAUUCCGUUGGGUCUUCCGGCAAUGGUUGACCUGCAUGGGAGGCAAAGCACCAGUUGGUUUUCUAACUGAUCAAGCUGCUGCGAUGCGCAAACCAUUGGCUGAACUGAUGCCUAAUACGAGGCAUAGGUGGUGUAUAUGGCAUAUACUGUCCAAAUUUCCAGAUAAGCUGGGCAAACUACCUUUGUAUAAUGAGUUUAAGAACAAGCUUAAAUCUGUGGUCUAUGAAAGUUUUACUACUGAGGAGUUUGAAAGGAGUUGGACAGCUACAGUGAACCAGUACAACCUUGAAAGUAAUGAAUGGCUUUGUGGUCUGUUUGAAGAAAGGCACAUGUGGGUGCCUGCUUUCAUGAAAGAAUUUUUUUGGGCGGGCAUGAAAACGACGCAGAGAGUGGAGAGUAUAAAUAGCUUUUUCGAUGGCUUUGUAAAUCGGAAAACCAGGCUGUUUGAAUUUCCCCGGCAAUACACCCGAGCUAUGACGAAGCGUGUGAACGACGAGGUGGCUGCUGAUGAUAACUGCUCCAAAUACCUUAGAAGGUUGAUCAGUGGGUUUAAGCUAGAGAAGGUGUUCCAAAGGCUGUACACCGACACAAAAUUCCAAGAGGUGCAGACUGAAUUAUUUAGGUUGAUGUAUUGUUAUUGCCGAGAUGAACGGAGGUUAUUAGAUAAUGUUGUUCAGUAUCUUCUUGAGGAUCGGGUGUGGAUUGUUCCAGCGGGGCAGAGUCAUGAGGUUCUAACUGAUAGGAGGAGGUUUUAUCGCGUUACUUUUGACACUAGCACAAAGGAAGUAGAGUGCGACUGUCGUAAAUUUGAGACUUUUGGCAUAAUGUGUAAGCACAGUAUGCGCAUUCUCGAUCAGAAUUUGGUUUUUGAGAUCCCUCAGAAAUAUAUCCUAACUUGAUGGCGCAAGGACAUUGUUCGUAGGCACACCAGGGUUAAAGUACCAUAUCAUGACCCCUCACUAUCUGUGACAGUUUAGAGGAGUAACAAGAUGUUGAAUGCUUUUGAGGCACUUUCAGAAACGGCUUCGACUGUGGAUGAUGCAGCUGUUGAGCUUGUUCUACAUGGUAUUGCAAAAUUGAAGGGCCAGGUCCAGAAGCUUAAACAGAAGAAAGAUGAAUUGAAUCCUCUUCCAGAAGUUGCUUCUUUCCCUAUUGGGCAUGGUCUUUCACAACCCAAGUCCCCUAUGACUAUGUCUUCUGUUCAUAAUUUAGCUAAUGAUGAAGCUAUUGAUUACGAUGAUUAAGCUGUCGAGGAGGUUGAUGAGUACUUGUUGGAUCUGUCAGCCAAUGAUGAUGUAAACCAGGUUGGAGAUUUAGAUGGAGGCGUUAUCUUUGCUAAUGACAAGAAUAAUACCCCAGUUGCAUUGGUUGAGCAACCCCGUCAAGUUAAGAAGCGAAGGGGAAGACCUCCAAAGUCUGCUACCAUUCAAUCCUUUCCCAAACGUACCCCUCAGCCAGUCCAUGAUUCUAGUAAAACUACCACCCCGAAGCGCAGGGGACGCCCACCAAAGGCAACACCUCAGGGGUAUACUGUUCAAGUUAACAAUUCUGGUCAUGUGACAGGUACCAUAUUAGAUCUAAUAAAACCAAAAAGGCGCAGGGGAAGGCCAAAGGGUGGACACCACAAAACACUGGCAGAGAAAGGGUAUAAGAAGGAUGCACCUAGCCAGAAACGCAAGGAUCCUGCCACUCAGUACAUAUUGGACACUUUCUACCCCUCCACAUUCAAUGGUUCAUCCAUGUCUAAGAGAAGAUGCUUACGGUCUGAUACUGCUGACAAGAACGAUCCCUUUGAAUUAGAGUUGCAGCAAAUUGAUGUCAGGAUUGAAAAUGGGACAACGAGCAAAUCAAUGGAGUUCUAGUUAAAUCCCUGUGUGCACUUAAUAGUUGGUCCUUAUUGUUGCAAACAUUUAAGUUUUAUCUUACCAUUGGACCUUGAUGGACUUCUAGCUGAACUGUGUUUUUCAAUCAUGGGUUGUUUUUAUUUCGAACUUUUGUUUAGACUGCACAGCUUUUAUUCAAUGGUCUAACUAAUUAUGGUAUUUAGUUAUGUUCCGUUGAGAUUGUAACAUGUUUUGUUAAUGGUCCAUGGUUUAAUGAUACUGAUUAAAAAAAACUGGUGUGCGUAUUUAAUA